CCUGUGGUUGUAGCCACUGUGCUGUGGGGAGCAGCCCCCAUCUGGGGGCUCAUUCGAGCAACUUUGGGCCACAGUGCCAGAAUGGACUUUGCAGACCUCCCAGCUCUCUUUGGGUCGACCUUGAGCCAGGAGGGACUUCAGGGGUUCCUUGUGGAGGCUCACCCAGCCAAUGCCUGCAGCCCCAUUGCCCCACCACCCCCAUCCCUGGUUAACGGGUCAGUCUUUAUUUCACUGCUGAGAAGAUUCGACUGCACCUUUGACCUCAAGGUCCUAAAUGCUCAGAAGGCUGGAUAUGGUGCAGCUGUGGUGCAUAAUGUGAAUUCCAAUCAGCUGCUGAACAUGAUGUGGAAUAGUGUGGCAAUCCAGCAGCAGAUCCGGAUCCCAUCUGUAUUUAUUGGGCAGAAGAGCUCCGAGUACUUGCGUGCCCUGUUCCUCUACCAGAACGGGGCUCAGGUGCUUCUGAUCCCAGAUGAUAGCUACCUCUUGGGCUAUUACCUCAUUCCUGUCACAGGGGUUGCGGGACUGCUCAUUUUGACAGGAGCAGUGAUGAUACUUCGCUGCAUCCACCUGCAGAAACAGAUCCAGAAAAAUCGACUGACCAAAGAACAACUAAAGCAGAUUCCUAUUCACCACUAUCACAAUGGAGACCAGCAUGAUGUCUGUGCCAUUUGCUUGGAUGAAUAUGUGGAUGGGGACAAGCUGAGGAUACUUCCCUGUGCUCAUGCCUAUCACUGCCGCUGUGUGGACCCCUGGCUCACUCAGACCCAAAAGACCUGUCCCAUCUGCAAGCAGCCUGUUCAUCAGGGUUCUGGGGAGGAGCAGCAGGAGAGAGAAAUUCAAAGGCAAGAAGGUGAUGAGGAAGGGGAGCCAAGGAACCACCACCCUGCCUCAGAACGAACCCCACUUCUGGGCUCUGGCCAAACACUUCCCACAUCCUUUGGCUCUCUAGCUCCAGCCCCCCUCAUUUUUUGUGGGCCUUCAGCAGAUUCCCCAUCCUCGCCAUUAUCUUCUUCCUCUUCACCUACCAUCCUGGUCUAA